AUGAGCAACCACAUAGCAACAGAAUAUAAUGUUGACAAUGUCUAUAAAACUUUUAGCAAUGUUAUUGAUAAGUCCGAUAUGAAAUCACUUCAUCUUCAUCAAUUUAUUAUAGCUUUUCAAGAAUUAUUUUUCAAUCAUCUAAAUGUAGUUUUUUCAUUUGUUGCUCAUGACCUUGCUGAUAAAUAUUAUAUUAUUCAAAAUCUCUGUAAAACUAAUCCAAUAGAUUAUCGUACUGUUCAAACAAUGAUUGAAUAUGAAAAAUGCCGAGAUGAUAAAACGGGAACAAUUGCACUAUUACGUCUAUUACGAGCUUUAGAAUUUAUUUAUCUGUUCUUAGAACAAGCAGUUAUGUCACCAAAUUGUUCUUCAACAACAAAACAAGUUGCUUGGGAUAUAUAUAAACAAACUUUACAUAAACGACAUAAUAAAGCUGUUCGAUUAACUAUUUGGUUUGCAACAGCUACAGUACCUAAACGUGAAGUAUUAAAAGAAACUUUAUUACAUGGUGAAAUUGAACCUAAUACAGCUGAUAAAUGUUUUCCAUUAAUUGAAAAUAUUUAUCGUAGUAUUUAUAAAUUAUAUGAAGAAAAUAAUAUACUUGAAUUAGUUCCAUUGUGA